AUGAACAAAUCAGAGGAUGUGGAAAAUGGUCAAGAUAGUAGUGAUGCCGAGCUGUCCAAAGAACUUGAGGUGACAAAGAGUCUAGUUAAAAUACCAUUCUCUCAAGCUUUAAAAUCAAGCAAGCAAACUCUGAAUCCUAACAAUAAAAUCCUAGAGAAUAUAAGGCAAGUAAAAAUCAAUUUUCUUCUUUUACAUGUUACUAAACAAGUUCCUACUUAUGCAAAAGUUAUCAAAGAUUUGUGUACAGUUAAAAGGAAGUACCAUGUUAAGAAGACGACAUUCCUAACAGAGCAUGUUAGUGCUCUAAUUGAGCACCGAAUUCCUUCUAAGUUUAAGGAUCCUAAUUGUCCAGUCAUUGCAUGUAAUAUUGGAAAUCAAGAGUUUGGACAAGCGUUUCUAGAUUUAGGAGCUAAUGUAAAUUUGAUGCUUUAUUCCAUUUAUUUGCAACUUGGUUUGGGUGAAAUUAAGACCACUUAUAUUGUGUUUCAAUUGGCUGACCAUUCAAUUAAGAAAUCGAGAGGAAUAGUUAAUGAUGUUUUAAUCCAAAUUGACAAGUUUUAUUACCUUGUUGAUUUCUUAAUCUUUGAUACUAGUUCUGUUGUUGACUCUAAUUCUAAAACCCCCUUAAUUUUAGGUAGAUCUUUCCUCGCUACUGUUAAUGCUCUUAUUAAUUGCAGGAAUGGUCUAAUGAAGCUUUCUUUUAGGAAUAUGACUCUUGAGGUGAAUAUUUUCCAUAUUGAAAAACAGUCAAUGGAGGAUGACGAGUACCACCAAAUGUAUAUGAUUGACACACUCAUAGAUAAGGGAAUUCAAACAACUCAUGAUUCUGAUUCCAUUAAAUAUUUUUUUGUUAAUUCUGAGUUUGAUACUAUGAAUGAUUCAUCUGAUGUUGUUGAUGUUUGUGCUAUUUUUUAUGAACCUCAGGAUUAUGGCCCACAUAUUUGGCAACUGAAAUUUGAAGAGUUGUCUAAGAAAAGAAAAAAGUAG